AUGUCAGAAGAAAUAAUUACAGAGAUUAAAGAAUUUUUUUCAAACAUAGAAACCCUAAUUAAAAAUCAUUUUGAUGAUGAUAAUAUUCAAAACCAAUCCGAUAUCCAACAAGAGUUUAAAAAUGGAAAAAGGUUAAUUGACAAACUAAAAGAUGAUCAGAAGCAACACGGGUCUUUUAGAUUCCAAUAUCACAUCAUUUAUGCUAGCUAUUUGAAAACUAUUGGUGAAGUAGAUGAUGCUCAAGAUCAAGAAGUGUUGUCAAAAAAAUUCGAAGUAUUCAAGAACUCUCCUAAGAAAGAAGAUACCUAUAAAAAAGAAUCAAUGCUAUUGAUAGAACCUACAUUAGAAAACCUCGAUCAAUCACUUGAACCUGAAAAUAAUAUACAAGGGGAUGUAGAAAAACAACUAAACAAGCUUAGAAGCCUUUUAAGAGAGGGGCCUAUUGAAGAUAUCAAACAGACUUUUAAAGUAUUUAACAUCAUCCCAAGAACCUUUGAAGACUAUAAAUCUAUUGUUACUUGCAAUGCUAUUGUAUGUAAAUUAAUAGAUAAUUUAAUUAAUGAAGGACUAAUUGGUCUGGAAAAGCUUCAAGAUUCAACAAAUACAGAAAAUAAGGAGCAGAUAAUUCGUGCUUUAAAACCUUUAAAAUUAUUUGCUAAUAAAGCAGCCUAUGAAAAAAGAAUAAAUUUUAUUCAGAACGUUUUAAAUUCUUCUAAUAAAAAAGGAAUUCUAUUUGACAAUGUGUUCACAGAAGAAAGAAUUAAUAAACAGUAUAAAGAACUUGCUUUGUAUUUCCAUCCUGAUAAAACUAAUCGUCCAAACAGCCCAAAUUAUUUACGAUAUGAACAUAAAAAUCUAAGUGGUGAGAUCUUUAGAGAUAUUCAAGAGAUUAAAGAGAGCUUAUUGAUUGAUCUGGAAGAUACCACAAAAAAUGAAAAUGUGCUAUCUUCUCACGAAACAAUGGCAAAUAAACUUUGGAGUAUUGCAAUUGAUUAUCGUAAUGCAUCUAAAGCACAAUGGAGUAAAUUAAAAUUGUUAAAGAAGGAUGAUAUCAAAGACAUUUCUUCCGAAAGACUAAUAAAAUUGAGUGAGGAUAAUGGAAGAUUGGCCUAUGAGAGAUAUCGAUCUGCUUGCAAGGUUGCAGAUAGAACUAAACAGCUAAGGAAACAAGUAAAAUUACGAAGUAAUAUGGCAUUAUGUUUAUACAUCUCUAAUUGUUGCCUAGAAGCACAAUUAUAUGCUUUAUCAGCAAUUAAUUUAAUAAUUCGGAAUUCUCAGGAUGUCACACAACAAGAUCUGUUCGAUGCAAAAGGAGUAUUUGAUAAAGUUAAAGGUGGCGGAGCUACUAAAAAUAACUCUACAUUAAACAAUGAUAAUAAUAUCGAAAAGGCAUUGGCUUUAACCAGAAAGGCAGACCAUGGAAUUUCAUACUCCCAAAAAACUGCGACUAAGCAAUCAAUUAAUGAGGAUCUAGAGGUAAUAUGCACUGAAUUAAUGAUCCAUGCAGAACGUAGUUUGGGACAACCGCGAGCAUAUGGUGAAAAAAUUUUGCAUGCAGAAGAGCGUUCUUUGCAAUAUAAAGCAAAAGGAGGGACAGCUAUAGUGGGCGGAAUAGGCAUAGGAGGAUCAGUAGCAGCAAAUGCUGGCUUAAAUAUUUAUGCAGCAAUUGCAAUUGGAGCUGGAGUUAGUAAUCCACUUUUAUUGAUUGGAGAAUUAGCAAUUGGUAUAGCAACUCUCGGUUUAGGGAUAUGGGGCGGUGUAACAUUAUGGCAGGAAGGUGUUAUUAUUUUAGAAGAGCCGACUAUUCGUGAAAAUCUCAAUAAGAUUAUGAUAAAGGCACUAAAGGCUUUUGAUGAGGGAGAUCACCAAAAAUUCCUUGAUACUCUUGCGGAGGAAUUUACGACAGGCAUCUGUCUUUUAAAAUUAAAAGAUCGUAGUGAUAUUAUUGACACUAAAAAAAUGGUGUAUAUACUUGUAAAACAUGGCUUCAGAUCAGAUGGUAUAGCUUAUCUAUUUAAUUUGAUUGGAGAGGUUUUAAGUAGUGGGAAAGUAAAAAUUGAAGGAAAAACAAAAAUGGAGUUAAAGGAACUUGCAAAAGAUGUUUUAUUAGGGGCGCUUAAUAAGGAACUUGAAGUUUAUGCCAAAAGACUUGAUGACCGCAUUUGUGAAUUACGGGUAAAUGGAAUUAUGGCUCAAUUUACGAACUUUUUUGAUAUUAGUGAGUUUAAUGGCAUAGCAAAUGAAGCAAGUAAACACCUUGAGGAUGCUGAAGAAAUGCCCUUUAAAUCAAGGCUGGAUGAAAUGCGUAAUAUCGCAAAGAUUAACCUUGCAAUUAUUGAUAUGCUUGCUGGAUCAGAAGAAAUUAGUCGAGCUAGAACAACUGUUGAGGAAGUUCGAAAUUCAAUGAAUGCUAAUUAUCAAUUUGUUGGUACUGUAGAAACACGUCUUGAAGUUUUGGAAGAUUUUUUGUGGGUUAUAAGUGGUGAGGAAUUGCCUGAUACAAAUGAAUUACCUCUAAUCACUUACACACUAGAACCAGUUCAAGACAUGGAUAACAAUAAAUAUCUCUGCUAUCUAAAUGAAAAAUUACAGAAUGUAUCCUUGGAUAAAGAUAAAAAGGAUCUUUAUAUUGAAAUUGCAGCAUGUCAUGAGAAGUUAGCUGAAGAAGAGGAUAAAAUUAACCAGUUACGCAGCCUAUGUAAUUGGCAAAAGGCUCAAAAGAAUUAUGAGAAAGUACGUGAAAUAAAUAGCACAGACAUAGCUGCUACUCUUGGUUUUGCAAGAUGUUUAUUAAAAUUAUCCAAAUAUAAACGGGUUAUUGAACUUUUAAAAAGUACACAUUUAGAUCUGAAAUUAGAGUACGAUUACUGGUGCCUUUGCAGCAUUGCUUAUUUUAAGCAAAAUGAUUACAAAAAAGCAAAUGAAUGUAUUUUGGAAGCACUGAGAAUAAUUCCCCAAAACAAAUUGGCCAUGAGGCAGAAAAAGCUCGUUGAAAGGCUAAGGAAAGAAAAUACAUUAAAAAAUCGUAUUGAUCAUUAUCAAAGAGAAAAAAAAGCCAUAAAAUCCGAAGAAGAUUAUCUAAUAAAUUCUCGUAACAAUAGUCAUGUUUAUAGAAUCCUUUCCAUUGAUGGAGGUGGCAUACGUGGAAUACUACCUGCUUUAUGGCUCAGUGAACUAGAAUAUCGUGCCCAUAGACCCAUUUCUCAUCUAUUUAACAUGAUAUCUGGAACAUCCACAGGUGGGAUCAUUGCCGCUGGACUAUCAGCACCAUCCUGGCAUGAAUUGACAGAAUCAUCUGGAUACAAAUAUUCAGAGUUUGAACCAUUAUUCUCAGCUUCAUCUUUGUUAGAUUUUUAUCAGAAUAAUGCAAAAAAUUUAUUCGCCUCAAAUAAUUCACUUAUGGAUUACUUCAAACUAAAUACAACAACAAAAUACAACUAUAGAGGUCGUCUUUCAAUGUUUAAGAAGGAUUUUGGUCAUGCUCACUUAGAUUGUGCACUUACUCAAUUGGUUAUCCCUGCAGCAAGAAAAGAAGGUAACCUUACUCACUCGCAUUUAUUUACACAUUUCGAUGCACUUAAGGAUGAGUCAAGAAAUGAUACUUUUGUUAAUGCUUUAAUGGCAACAACAGCUGCACCAUAUUUUUUUCCACCCCACAACAUAAAUGAUAAGGGUGUUUUUCUAGAUGGCGGAUUACAUCUUAAUAAUCCAGCAAUGGAAGCUUACAAUGAAGCUAUUCGAUACAAUGUUGCUAGGGAAAAGAUUUUCAUGCUUUCAAUGGGUACAGGGAGCUAUAUACCGGAUCCUUUCAAUCCAGAUCUAUACCAUGGUCAACUCUUUUGGGAACAGAAUCUCCAUAAUGCAAUGCCCCCUACACAAGAAGACAACACUAAUCAACAAUUGUAUACUAUUUUGGGAAAUAAAUAUCAGCGAUGGCAAGUUUGGUUUGAAGAACCAUUGAAAUUUGAUGAUAUCAACAAUAUUCCUACCCUUUUAGAAAUAGGCAAUCAGCACAUAGAAGAACUUGAUGCUUCGGAUGAGAAUCCCUUGAACAAACUGGUAGAGUCUUUUGAGGAGUAUGAAUCUAAUGAUUCAAAGAUGACAACUAGAGAAAAAAUCUAA